GUGAUGCACCUCUCUCUGUGUGCAGAGCUGGGGUACAGGGGCAUUGAGCACAUAUGUGCUUCAGCAAUAUUGGGGUGUCGUUUUUCUCUGCAGGGCUGCCCGUGUGCAAGUGUGGAAAACACUAGUAUUCCACAAAAUGAAGCGACGUUGAACACUCAUCAAACGUUGCAGAAAACGGCAACUGUCUUUUCAACAGUGAGCCGGCCAGUGGCGGUUCCACUACUGACCGAGCUGCUCCCGGGCCAUGGCUGGAGCGCCCGCUGCCCGAGUCCUGGCCUUGGCCGCCCGCCGCCGGUUAUCUGUCCUGGCUAAUUCCUGACGGUUUGAGCCACCGUGUCACCGCGGGGCUGGGGGCUGAUAAGCGCCGGGGAUGGCGUCGGUUUGCGGCUGUGGGGUUCAGCAGGUAUCUGAUUAAGUCCUGUGUCUGCAGAGUCUGGAAGCGCUGCGGAUGUGCCCCGGGGGCUGCCGGACUGUGGUGCCAUGUUGGAAGCUACUUUCUGACACUUUGAAUGUGGGUUUUCUCGUGGUUUGUCAGAAUCUGUCCACAGAGGGGUUGGGUCCCGCCCACCCUUCAGGCCUGGUCUGGGCCCCCAGCCCCCUCAUGCUUCUGAGCCAGAGGGCUCCCCUGAGGGCUGGGGGUGUCCCUUCCCUUCUGUGGUGCCUCUUCCACACCUGCGGGAGUCCGGGGUGCUCCGGACAGUAGCUGCCCAGCCACUCAGCUCUGAUGUCCCCUAAGGAGGCUGUGCGGGAGGAGCCUGGGGGGCUUCUGUGUGGCCACGCAAGCCGGGCAUAUUCCCAGUGGAGUGUGGUGAACUUGGGGGUUCUAGUUAUGGGGUCCUGAUGGGUCGGUCACUAUUAGCACAGGGUAGUGCCUUGGAGUGCUGGGGUCCUGCCACCCCCUCCCCCUAAGUGUCUGUGAGACCUCAUAACCCACAGGGGCCCGGCUCCUGUGGGUUCAUGGGUGCCCGCCACGUGGCAGCAGCAGUGGUAUCUCCAUUUUAUCGACGAGAAGUGGGGACCUCCGGGAGCUGGUGUGGGCUCUGACUGCACGUCUCUGCGGGCACACGCGUAUGGGGAAAUGGGGGUGCACGAGCUGUUUGGCCUCAGCGGGAGGCGCUGGCUUCAGAAGGACGCCCACGUGGGGGCUCAGCCUGGUCAUCAGCUGCAUGGGGUUACCGCGGAGGGCCCCUUGGAGGGGAGGCGCAUGUCGGCUCAGGAGGAAGCAGUGAGCCUGUGGGGUGGAGGCGGAGGUGGGGUGCUGCUUUGCGUGGGCCCUCUCCCACCGCGCCUGUUUGAGCAGCGAUGGCCCCUCAGCAGCGGGGUGACUGCGUGGAGGCAAGUCGCAGCUGCCUGCUUGAGGUCUGUUGGGUCCCCGGUUUUCUGGAUACCCCCGGGUGUCCCAGACCAACUGCUUUGUCUUGGAUGCCAUCCCAUGAAGGCAGGUGGAGGGGACCUGAGAGAGUUCUUGGUCGGCCUGUCGUGUGCUGGUGCCGUGGCUCACACGUCUCCUUCUGACAACCUUAAACAGGCCCUGAUGAGUUACCGCCUUUGAGGAGCAGAUCCCGGGUCUUGCUGGCAGAAUCAAGGGCUGGCGUGGUUCUACCUGUGGGACGUCUGGAGCGUGCCCUGCAGUUGGCCGCGCCCCCAGCCUUUGCAGGUCGCCCAGUCGCUCGAUGGGGAGCAAGCGCGGACCGCCUUUUUGUGUCGCCUUCCCACCCCUCUGUAGCAAGGAGAGUCACGUCAGCACCUCUUCAGUAAUGAUGAUGAAACUGGUAUUAACUGAAUGGCAAUUAUGGAUUUUUAACUCUAAUUCACAGUAAACCAGCAAGCCAUAUGUUCAAAAUCCAACCAAAAAUCCUGCUUUGCUGCGUGUCUCAUACGACUGGGAGAAGCUGCGAGAUUAUCCAGUUGCCCGGAGAGGAAUAUAAGCAUCACUUGCCAGAGGCGCUCCCCCGAAGCAGGAAGAGAAGACGUCUUAAUUUAUCCUCGAAGAUACACGAUAGUUUAUUUAUAUAGAUAGAGUAAAUAUAUAUUCUAUAUAUAUUUUUGUUGGUAAUGAAAAUGGCUCCGCAGAAUGCCGACUCGGAAUCUAUGCAAGUGCAGGAGUUGCCUGUGCCCCUGCCCGACCUGCAGAAGCCCGGCGGCGCGGCGGGGCCCCGGGACGAGACCGUGAGCGAGGGGUCCAUCGACCGCAUCCCCGUGCGCCUGUGGGUGAUGCACGGGGCCGUGAUGUUUGGCAGGGAGUUCUGUUACGCCAUGGAGACGGCGCUGGUCACGCCCAUCCUCUUGCAGAUUGGUAAGCCUCCGGAGCAGUACUACAGCCUCACCUGGUUCCUGAGCCCCAUCCUCGGCCUCGUCUUCACGCCCCUCAUCGGCUCGGCCAGCGACCGCUGCACCCUGAGCUGGGGCCGCCGCCGGCCCUUCAUCCUCGCGCUGUGCGUGGGCGUGCUCUUCGGCGUGGCGCUGUUCCUCAACGGCUCCGCCAUCGGUCUCGCCCUCGGCGAUGUGCCCAACCGGCAGCCCAUCGGCAUCGUCCUCACAGUGCUGGGGGUUGUGGUGCUGGACUUCAACGCUGAUGCCACCGAGGGGCCCAUCCGCGCCUACCUGCUGGACGUGGUGGACAGCGAGGAGCAGGACAUGGCUCUCAACAUCCACGCCUUCUCUGCUGGCCUCGGCGGGGCCAUCGGCUACGUGCUGGGGGGACUGGACUGGACACAGACCUUCCUGGGCUCCUGGUUCCGGACGCAGAACCAGGUGCUGUUCUUCUUCGCGGCCGUGGUCUUCACCGUGUCGGUGGGGCUGCACCUGUGCAGCAUCGAGGAGGAGCAGUACUGCCCCCAGCAGGAGCGCGGCGCGGCCGAGCCCCCACCCGCUGCCCGCCCGCCUGCCCUGGACGGCGCCGCCCUGUUCCCGGACGAGGUCCAGUCGGAGCACGAGCUGGCCCUGGACUACCUGGACGUGGACAUGGUGCGGAGCAAGAGCGACUCGGUGCUGCACGUGCCCGAUGCCGCCCUGGGCCUGGAGCCCGGGCUCUUCCUGCACGACAUCGAGCCGUCCAUCUUCCACGACGCCUCCUACCCCAGCACCCCCCACAGCACCAGCCAGGAGCUGAGCAAGGCCAUGCUGCCCCGCCUGUCCACCCUGCUCAGGGAGAACCCCAAGGAGGACGAGAUGCUGCUGGAGAAUCACUUGAGCGAAGCAAAGGUCCCCAACGGCAGCGGCUCCUCCCCAAAAGACGUCCUCGGCGGCGGCCCCCCCCGGGCGGACAUGAAGCCCUCGGGCUCCGUGAGGCGGCGGCGCCACGUGUUCCGCCGGCAGGCGUCCGGCACCUUCUCCUACUACGGCAAGGUCGGCUCGCACCGCUACCGCUGCCGGCGGGCCCACGCCGUGGUGCUCAUCAAGCCCUCCCGCAGCAUGAGCGACCUGUACGACCUGCAGAAGCGGCAGCGGCAGCGGUGCCGGCAGCGCCACCAGAGCGGGGCCACCACCUCCAGCGGGGACACGGAGAGCGAGGAGGGCGAGGCCGAGACCACGGUGCGGCUGCUCUGGCUGUCCAUGCUCAAGAUGCCCAGGGCGCUGAUGCGGCUCUGCCUGUGCCACCUGCUCACCUGGUUCUCCGUCAUCGCCGAGGCCGUGUUCUACACCGACUUCAUGGGCCAGGUCAUCUUCGAGGGAGACCCCAAGGCUCCCUCCAACUCCACUGCGUGGCAGGCCUACAACGCCGGGGUGAAGAUGGGCUGCUGGGGUCUGGUCAUUUACGCCACCACUGGUGCCAUCUGCUCAGCCCUGUUGCAGAAGUACCUGGACAACUAUGACCUGAGCAUCCGGGUCAUCUACGUGCUGGGCACGCUGGGCUUCUCCAUCGGCACAGCUGUGAUGGCCAUGUUCGCCAAUGUGUACGUCGCCAUGGUGAUGAUCAGCACCAUGGGCGUCGUCUCCAUGAGCAUCUCCUACUGCCCCUACGCCCUGCUGGGGCAGUACCACGACAUCAAGGAGUACGUCAACCACAGCCCUGGGAGCUCCAAGCGUGGCUUUGGCAUCGACUGUGCCAUCCUGUCCUGCCAAGUGUACAUCUCCCAGAUCCUGGUGGCCUCUGCCCUGGGGGGCGUGGUCGAAGCCGUGGGGACCGUGCGUGUCAUCCCCAUGGUGGCCUCUGCGGGCUCCUUCCUGGGCUUCCUGACGGCCACGUUCCUGGUGGUCUACCCCGAGGUGUCGGAGGAGGCCAAGGAGGAGCAGGAAGGCCUGUCCUCCCGGGCCGCGGGCGGCAGCGGGAAGCCCACCGUCCUGCAGCUCUCCCGGAAGGAGGGCCCGCCCGCGCCGGUGGAGACGGAGUCCGUGGUGUGAGCCGGCCUGGGCACACCGGGGGCGGGCGACGGGCCG